GUAAAAAAAGCAGCCAAAAAAGAAGGCAAGAGGAGAUCCACAUACCGUUUGGUAAAACUGAGUCACGACAGAGAAGAAGGCAAGCAAGACAGACGAGACGAGAAAAGAGUAUUUUGAAAAAGAAAGCUUGCUGAAACAGUGAGGAAGAAAACAGUACCUCGGCAGCGAGCGAAGAAUGAAACUCAGCCUGAGCGCCAUCAGGAACGUUACGCCAGUGGAAAAUGGGCAACUGUGGUACUAGAGAGGAAUCGGCCGUUGUCACCAGUGCUCAAGUUCAGCAAUUACAAAACUUAUCUUCUUUACCUGUUAGAACGGAGAAGAAACAUAGUCGUUCUGUGUCAGAUCUGAGCGAUUCUUCUACUCCACGUAAUUUGGAGGAGUGUAGAAGCAAUGCUAUGCUUUAUACUCAUGUAAUUGCCUUCACUUUGUUCGAGCUCGAGACUAUCACCAAGAGUUUUCGCUCUGAUUAUAUUCUUGGAGAAGGUGGAUUUGGAACUGUUUACAAAGGUUACAUUGAUGAGAAUGUCAGGGUUGGUCUCAAAUCUCUCCCUGUCGCUGUAAAAGUUCUCAAUAAGGAGGGCCUUCAGGGUCACCGUGAAUGGCUUACGGAGGUGAACUUCCUCGGCCAACUUAGACAUCCAAAUCUUGUUAAAUUGAUUGGAUAUUGUUGCGAGGAUGAUCACAGGUUACUUGUCUAUGAGUUUAUGCUCAGAGGGAGCCUUGAAAAUCACCUGUUUCGAAAGGCAACUGUUUCACUAUCAUGGGCCACAAGAAUGAUGAUUGCUUUUGGAGCUGCCAAAGGGCUUGCAUUCCUUCACAAUGCUGAAAGGCCGGUUAUAUAUCGGGACUUCAAAACCUCUAAUAUAUUGUUGGAUACUGAUUACACAGCCAAGCUUUCUGAUUUUGGUCUUGCAAAAGCUGGACCACAAGGUGAUGAGACCCAUGUUUCAACUCGAGUGAUGGGUACAUAUGGCUAUGCUGCUCCUGAAUAUGUAAUGACUGGCCACCUCACUGCCAGGAGUGAUGUAUACAGCUUUGGAGUUGUUCUUUUGGAGCUUUUGACUGGUAGAAAAUCUGUUGACAAAACGAGACCAAGCAAGGAGCAAAGUCUGGUAGAUUGGGCCCGGCCGAAACUGAAUGACAAGAAGAAAAUGUUGCAAAUAAUUGACCCUAGAUUGGAAAAUCAGUACUCAGUGAGAGCAGCUCAGAAAGCCUGCAGCUUGGCAUACUAUUGUCUUAGCCAAAAUCCUAAAGCAAGGCCUUUGAUGAGCGAUGUAGUUGAAACGUUGGAACCUCUACAAUGUACAAACGAUGGUGGUAAUGAAGUCUCAUCAUCAAUUUCCCCUACCUUAGCUGUUAAUGGUGCUAAUGCUUUUGCAAUGGGAGGAGUUCCAGGUUACCGGGUACGUUCUAGAUUUGGCAAUAAUGUUGGUCCUGCUGUUAAUUGUCGAUCGCCAAAUCCAAAUUGUUCGCCCAGUGGACCUGCAGCAUGCAGGGUUCGAUGAAAAAGUUUAAGCAAUUGUGUACUGUUUGGUGUGCAGUUUCCUCUCCAACCCUUUGCUUCUUUGUGCUUACUGUACACUGUACUGUAUCACUUGGAACCCAAGCCCCCCCUAUAGCCAACAUGGUUGCUUGCGUCAAUUUUCUAAUUGUGUUCACCAGGGAAAUUUGCGUGUUAAAUAUUGUUCCUCUACAUAUUCAAAUUUUUUACUUCAAGGUGGAUUUGCUUUCUAAUGCUACUGCUGAUUUCGCGAAGAUGAUGACAUUUCUUAUGUGGGCUUCAGCAACUACUGAUAAUUUUGGGAUUUCAAUUCUUGAUUUUAUGAACAUGAAAACUUGCCACAAUUAUUUCACCAUCAGAUGCGUGUAAUUUUAAUUGCUUAUGUGAGAUGCGUGGGGUUGGAUCUGACCUAAAUUGGUUUGGUCUCAACUUGCUAUUAACCUGGUUUGAAUUUAAGGGGUUGUCAGAAAGUUGUAUGAAGAUUUAUUCUCUGUUGAUUUUUUAUCUUUUUCAA